AUUUGGUGUACUCUCUCUCUCUCUCUCUCUCUCUCUCUCUCUCUCUCUCUGCGUUUCCGACGAAAGCCAUGGCGGAUCAGCUCACCGACGAUCAGAUCUCCGAGUUCAAGGAGGCUUUCAGCCUAUUCGACAAGGAUGGCGACGGUUGUAUCACUACUAAGGAGCUUGGGACUGUGAUGAGGUCGCUGGGGCAGAACCCCACUGAGGCAGAGCUUCAGGAUAUGAUCAAUGAGGUGGAUGCUGAUGGCAAUGGCACCAUUGAUUUCCCGGAGUUCCUUAAUUUGAUGGCUCGGAAGAUGAAAGACACCGAUUCUGAGGAGGAGCUAAAGGAAGCUUUCCGAGUUUUCGACAAGGACCAGAAUGGCUUCAUCUCUGCAGCUGAGCUGCGUCAUGUGAUGACAAACCUUGGGGAGAAGCUGACUGAUGAGGAAGUUGAUGAAAUGAUCCGUGAGGCUGAUGUGGAUGGCGAUGGCCAGAUCAACUAUGAAGAGUUUGUCAAAGUCAUGAUGGCCAAGUGAGGACCCAUCCUUCCAAACGCGUCAUCUUAACUAUCAAAAAAUCAAAAAAUGUAGAAAAGAAGGGAACAGGGCAGAUAAGUUCGAUGAGAUUUUGAUUUCACCUUAGGCUUUCAUCAUUCACAUUUUUAACUGUUGUCGGGGUGGUCUCUGUGUUCCAUUGUUUGCUUUGUUUUAUAGCACUCCAUUGCUACCUACUUGUUUGUUCUGUUUCUCGUUUAGCCUAAAUGUAUGGUAACGGUCAAUAUUCUGUCUGGUAUUUGCCUUUUUCCUGGUGUUGUGAACUUUGAUCAGUCUUGAGAGGUUGGAUGCUUUUGUUUGUAUUGACUGAUUGAUCCUUAUUCUGGUUGAUUAAGUUUGUAAAUUACUUCCUCUCU